AUGAUGAAUGAAUCGUUACCUAGCAAUGAAGAGCAGCCUAAAUUAAGAACAAAUAUACGUUAUGAUGAAAUAACAGAAUAUGUUUCAACGACUGAUCCAACCACAAUUCAGACGGCAAGAGAAAUUCAAAUAUUCAAGGAUAAUAAAAAAGGAAUUAAUGGCAGAUGCACAAUAACGGCCACAGUGAAUGGCAGUCAUUUAUUUGCCGAAGAAAUUGCCAAUAAUUUGGAUCAAAUGCGUGUCAUAAAUCUCAACUUGGUUCAAAACAAAUUGCAUCCAAACAUUCGUCAGAUUAUGUUGCAUUUAACCGAUUUAUCAUCAUCGUUGAGACAAAAUAAAUCGUUGGCAGACCAAACCAUUAAAACAAUUGCCGAAAAAGCCGUUAAACCCAGUUUAAAAGUGGAUGCGUCAAUAAGAAAUACCUUUCAUGCGAAUGGGGAGGUACCCAUUUCUUAUUUCUCAUCCGUUUAUACCAACGAUAUUCGGUUUACAACAAAAUCGUCCAAAGGUCCACAGAACAUCACCGAUUCGUGUAUUUUAUUCAAAUGUGGUCAAGAUGUUUGCGCUGCCACAAUUACCGACAUAUUUCAACUACGCGGCAAAACCUAUUUGCGAGUCUUACCUCUACGUGUGACGACGAAAACUGGUGUGCCUGUUGACGACAAAAUUUUAAAUAUUUCGAAUUUAUUCAUCGGCAAAGUUUCAAGUGGUGACUUCAUGUAUUUGAUACCUGAUCAUAUUAUCGAAAAACUCGUGUAUUAUUAUGAGAAGGACAGCAAACUUGACGUUUUUUUCCGUUUUCCAACACUUAUAGAAAGUACAUAA